GGCCCCCAGAGCUGCCCCUCCGUCUGCUCCUGCAGUAACCAGUUCAGCAAGGUGGUGUGCACCCGCCGCGGCCUGGCCGAGGUGCCCCCCGGCAUCCCCUCCAACACCCGCUAUCUCAACCUCAUGGAGAACAACAUCCAGAUGAUCCAGGCGGACACCUUCCGCCACCUGCACCACCUGGAGGUGCUGCAGCUGGGCAGGAACGCCAUCCGGCAGAUCGAGGUGGGCGCCUUCAACGGCCUGGCCAGCCUCAACACCCUGGAGCUCUUCGACAACUGGCUGACGGUGAUCCCCAGCGGCGCCUUCGAGUACCUGUCCAAGCUGCGGGAGCUGUGGCUGCGCAACAACCCCAUCGAGAGCAUCCCCAGCUACGCCUUCAACCGCGUGCCCUCGCUCAUGCGCCUCGACCUGGGCGAGCUCAAGAAGCUCGAGUACAUCUCCGAGGGCGCCUUCGAGGGCUUGUACAACCUCAAGUACCUCAACCUGGGGAUGUGCAACAUUAAGGACAUGCCCAACCUGACGCCCUUGGUGGGCCUGGAGGAGCUGGAGAUGUCGGGCAACAACUUCCCCGAGAUCAAACCGGGCUCCUUCCACGGGCUCAAAUCCCUCAAAAAGCUCUGGAUCAUGAACUCGCAGAUCAACCUGAUCGAGCGCAACGCCUUCGACGACCUGACGGCGCUGGUGGAGCUCAACCUGGCCCACAACAACCUGUCCUCGCUGCCCCACGACCUGUUCGCCCCGCUGCGCUACCUGGUGGAGCUGCACCUGCACCACAACCCCUGGGACUGCGACUGCGACAUCCUCUGGCUGUCGUGGUGGCUGCGGGAGUACAUCCCCACCAACUCCACCUGCUGCGGCCGCUGCCACGCCCCGCUGCACAUGCGGGGCCGCUUCCUGGUGGAGGUGGACCAGACCUCCUUCCAGUGCUCGGCGCCCUUCAUCAUGGACGCGCCCGCGGACCUCAACAUCUCGGAGGGGCGCGUGGCCGAGCUGCGCUGCCGGACGCCGUCCAUGUCGUCGGUGCGGUGGCUGCUGCCCAACGGGACGGUGCUGAGCCACGCCUCGAGCCACCCGCGCCUGGCCGUGCUCAACGACGGCACCCUCAACUUCUCGCACGUGCUGCUGGCCGACACCGGCCUCUACACCUGCAUGGUG